CACACCACACCCAUGGCCUGCAACAGCCUCUGCCGUCCCUGUGGACCCACCCCGCUGGCCAACAGCUGCAACGAGCCCUGUGCCCUGCAAUGCCAGGAUUCCCGCGUCAUCAUCAACCCUUCCCCUGUGCUGAUCACCCUGCCAGGACCCAUCAUGACCUCCUUCCCCCAGAACACCGCUGUCGGAUCCACCUCCUCCGCUGCUCUGGGCACUGAACUCAAUGCCCAGGGACAGCCCAUCUCUGGUGGAUUUGGCUUUGGCCUUGGCUACGGCCUGGGAGGCCUGGGCUGCUAUGGCAGAAGGGGCGGCUACAUCUGCUAAGGGCCCUCAGCACCACCCCUGACACCACCAGCUCUGGCACCUGGCAGCAGCUCCUGCAA